AUGCCAAACAACGUCUUCAAUAAUUCACGUAUGUCUUCCCACUCUGCAGCGCAAGCAACAAUCGACGAGCAUACACUCACGACAAUGUCCAUGUACGACUACUCCCAAGGUGCAAUCCCCUCUCCGACCCCAUGCACACUCUCCUUCCCCACCUAUCAUUCCAUGCUUGACAUCACCCUCGAUGGGCCCACACCGCGUGCAUUCAAAUUCCCAAGUGCCCCGAGUCCGUCCACACCUUCCACUUCACCCUCUCCCUUCGAGCCAGAACGUCCAAGAGAUACACCUUUGCAGUCAUCCGCAGCAACGACUCGGUUCACUGCACCUCCCUUUUUGAGACGUAGUCAGAGCAUGCAACGCGCACGCACGGAUACGGCUUCGCCUGCAGCUCAAAUCAGCUCGUUCAACGCUGCGGAUCUCAACCCCGGUGCACCUCUCUUCCUUGUCACACAGUCGUGUCGUCCUCCCAACCUGUCUCACAAGCGCAACCUCUGCAAUCCGCGCAACUUCACGACGCUCACCGUACACGCAAUUCAACUUGCAGGGCCGAGCGACGACCCAAGUGUAGUGACGAAGACUACAUCGUUCGGCCCACGAUGCAUUCCUCCUUUGUGUCGCGAAUGUCGUUUACGAAAGAACGAGGCGGGGGCUGUAGUUAUCGCAAAAGGCAAUCCUGUCGCACAACGUCAACGUCAAGCCGACCUAUCCAAGACAAUCUCAAAUCAAUCGCGUUUGUUUUCUGUGGAGGAAUGUAAAUACUGGGACGAUCUCGCGAAGCAGUGGAAGAAAGGCACGAGGAGGUGUGGUCUUGAGCAUAAGUAG